UUUUGUAGUGAAGGUUUAAUGUUUUAAAAAGUUGAACUUUGCAGUGAAAACAUUGAAGUUAAAACUUAAUAUUUAUUUAACAAGAACAAGCUGUUAUAAAUGUUUAUUAUUUAAUCGUAUAUAAAUGAUUUUAUAAAUAAUUUGUUUGUGAACAUAAAAAUUAACAAUGUUACCAAGCAAUAAACCGCUAACCCCAGAAGAGAUACUGGUAGAAGUUAGAAAGUUUAUUCCAGAGUCUGUUAAAAAUUGUCAAAAAGAAUAUACUCAUGAAGUUACAAAAGGAGCUUUAUUGUUAUUAAAAAAUCUUCCUGCUGCCAGAAAUGCAGUUUUGGAAUAUCUCAGAAAAGUCUUCUUUUCGGCAGUUAAUCGUCAGGUUUGCCAUACUCAUCCUGGGACGGUGAAUGAUGAACCAAUUACGGCUAUUACAGUACCUGAAAUUCAUAGAGUAUUAAUUGAAAUUGUUUCUGAUAAUCCUCAAGCUUGGUCAUGUCCUAUCACCAAUUGGUCUUUAGAUCUCUUGGGUAAAUUAUCAAAAAGUUUUUCAAAAAGAGCUAAAUUAACAAUGAAAUCCACAAUUAAUGAUUGUCUUAAGUAUUGGUUAUCAUGUAAAACAACGAGGACUUUGAUGGAUUUAUCAGCCAAAUGUAUAAAAUAUUUAUUAGAAUUUAAUCAAGAUGAAACUGACAACUGUAUGAAUAUUAUGACUGAAUUGAUGGCCACACACAGCCCAUAUUUAGAUUGGGUAGUUGCUCAUAUUGGAAGUUACUUUCCACAAUUAAUUAUUAAAAAUAUAUUAUUUUGGGGGUUAAAAGAUUUUUCAGUGACAGGAACUCAAGAAAAUUCACAAAAUAUACUACACUCAGUAGUAGGUAUUUUAGAGCAUCUAGCAACAAGUCAUUUAUAUGAAAUAAAUGAUGCAUUUCUACAAUUAUUCAAGUGGAGUUUGAAUGAAGAUAUUAAUGAUGAUGAAUCAACAAGAAAACAAAAAACUGCUACAGUUCCUUAUUUAUUAAAAUUUGCUUCUCUUUCACCAUCAUUAUUACUAAAAGUUAUAACAAAGAUUCUCUUACAAACUCUAUUUCCAGUAAGAUCUGAUAUAAUUCCUCGAUUAGCAACAUUUGCUAGUGACUGGUGUCAUUACUUUGACAAUCAACCAGAAGUGUUGAUUGAAUUAACAGUAAAUUUAGCAUUAGCCUGCGAACAAGAAGCCUGGCAAAUAAUAAGCAUACUUUUGGAUACAAGUUUAAACACAAGUAAUAUUGGAUAUCAUGGAGUCAAUGCGGCAACAACUGUAAAAAGUGUGUGUCGUGAAAUUCUAGAAAUGAUUCUUCAAAAAAUCGACUUGAUCAUGAGAAUGAAUGGACCUCAUAGUGCUAGUGGAAUAGCAUUAUUAACGUCAAUUAAACAAGAUUUAUCACUCAUUACACCAUUACUUACUGAUUCACAUCCACUAAAAGUACAAACAGCUGUAAGACUUAUUUCACUUCUUGGAGCACAUUCUUCAAAUGUUAUUAUCUCAUCAGCUUCAUAUCUUAUUAGAAAUGCUUCAACAGAUUUUCAUUUAGCAGCUUUUGUACGUUUGGUUGCUGAAAAUGUUGUUGUAUUUCCAAUAAUUCAAUCAGAACCUGAAAAUAUACUAUCUGGUCAUGGAUAUUUUAAUCAAACAUUAGAACAAGCUUUAAGAGACAUUCAAUAUUCAUUCAAUGAUAUCAAACACCACGAAUGUGAUGAACCACGUCAAUUGUUUAAAAAUUUAACUACUCUACUAAAAUGGGAAAAUAGUCAUUCAAGUAAAGUUACUAUUUUACAAUCAAAAUUUAUUUCACGAGCCAUACACUCAAAUUUAGAGCAAAUUACCCAACUUUUAAAUAAAACUCAAGACUUUGAAUUAGCACAUAGCAUCGCUCAAACAUUAAAUUUAUUAUCAAAUGAUAAUAGCAAUGAAAACAGUAAUAGUAAAAGCAACUAUACAUACAGUGUAGAUCUAACAUUAAAAUUGACAAAGUCGAUUGUUCGAUAUUUUUUUAUUUGCAUUAGAGAAGAUAACAUUUUGAAGAAACAACGUGGUGUAAAAAUAUCAAACCGAUUAUUAAGUCUUAUCACGUCGCGAUCAUCAUGUGCACGUAUUCUUGCAAUACGAGAGCUAAUUGAGAAUAGUCUGUAUGGUGAACCAUCAGAAUAUUUUGGUGCUAAAGUGACACCGAACGAUGAAACAAAUAAUUUUUCAUUGCUUCAUCAAAAUCAUAAACAUGGUACUAGUGUUAUGUUAGCACAACGGCAUUCAUCAGUAUUUCAUGCUGGUGUUAUUGGCCAGGGACCAAGAAGAAAUAUUGCUCAAAAUAAUUUUAGCAAAGAAAUCAUAGAUUUAAAUAGUUUAUUAUUGCUAGAUACUAUUAAAGCUUGUUGUAUGAGUGAUGAAUCGAACAAUCAGUAUCCAAACUUAGAUGCCAUAACAAUGGUUAGCUUACUUCUUGUGGAAUUAAUUUCACCAGAUGUAAUGUACAAUGGACUUCCAUGGCCAGAUGAAGAAUUUACUAAAGUUACAGUUGAAAGGGAUCUAAAGAUACGUCGUUCAUUUCAAGAAGUACCUCUUAUUUGGACUUUACUUGAAUUAACUGCAAGACAUCGUCCAGCAUUGACUUAUUGUUCAGUUUUAUUACGAGCUAUCACCGCUACAGUAAUUUCCAAUUGGAAUUUGGCUGAAGGUUCACGACUUAUAAAUAUUAUGGUCCUAGGUCAAUUACUUCCUACACCUCUUAAUUGUCUCACAGAUGUUUUACCAAUCCUCACACCUCAUCAGAUCAAUGUUGUAAUGAAAGAAUGUGUGUGGGCUUACAUGCAUGAAAAUGUUCCUUCUCCGGCAUUAUUUACUCUUACUGAAGGUGCAAGUAUUGCCUGGCGUGAUCCAGAUGUUUCAACACCAAAUGUCAGAUUUACUAAUAUUCUUCGAUUAUUUAUACUUGCUAAUAUUGCCAAAACUGGCAUGUUAUAUUUUACAUUUUUUUUCAAUGAAAAUAAAGAAGUUUAAUUUUUUGGU